AUAUGAACAGGAUUUCAACAGCAUCCAAGACAAAUCAUAGGUGAUCACAGAAGUGCUCAAAUUCUCCUCGGUCAUUAUGGAAAUCCAAUUGGUGUUGUUAGGAACUGCUGGAAUUGCUGGGUAUGUGUUGUUUUCUAGAGUUUUAAUCGUGCUUCAAAAUGUGCUGCUUUUUAAAGGGCGUAAAGGGGCAUUGUUAAAAACUGCUUUAAACUGUGAGUUCAACAGAAAAAAUCUUACAAGGGACCUUAUACUCAGCAUUUCAUUCGGAUUGCUUUCUGCAGCGGUGAGCACUUUGGCAAAAUUGGAGCUGCCACUCGUGGUUGCAUUGGUCUCUCACUUAACCUGGUUCUUUCGUGCACGGGCACGGAACCCAGCGGUAGGCCUAGGAUGGGGUUUCUACUUCGGCUACUUAAAAAAGGUCUUGCCCAAAUUCAUACAUAACACAAUAAGCAGCCAAAACAAGGACAGUAUACUGGACAAGCUGCUGAUACUGGUCCCGGCCGAUUGUUCCAUUCACCACGAUAUAAGCAAAGCCGACAAGCGAAUUUCCUAUUCAGAGAACCUUGAACCAGUCAGGGAAACUGUCGGUGGGAUACGGCAAAGAAAGUACGUGCAUUCGUGUUACCGCGUGGAUUCUGACGAAGGUCCUUUUUACGCCGCUAUUGAAUACGCAACGCCGCUUAAUGUCCUGAGAGAAAUGUGCAGCCACAAGAAGGUUGGUAUGUCUGAGGAAGAAAGGAACAGCCAGACCAUUGUUUUUUACGAAACGAUGAAGAUGAUAAUGGAAGAUUAUUCGAAGGACGAUGAUCCGUCGAUCAAAAAUCACGUGGAAUUUGUUUUCAUUAACAAAAAUGAAAAUAUUGGAGACAAAAUUAUCGAGACAGCUAAACGCAUUAUCAACGAAAACUGACUUGUGUCCAUGAAACAAACACUAAAUGAUAAUACAUGCUUUUAAGUUUGACUCAGUAUUUUAUUGUUCUUUUAAACUUUAUUUCGUUAUAUUUACAUUGUUUAAAAUAGUAUAAUAGAGAAGAUUCUCUAUAAUUGCUAGAAUAAAUAUUUGAAAAGCUUUGCUCAUGUAUUCA